CCUCACGAAUGUAGUGGGGGCGACUUAAGACAUGUGUGUUAGUUGUGUCCAGAGCUUCGAGGCCCACGCUCGCGCCGGGGAAGUGACCCAGCCGUGCUCUUGUCCCCCGCAGCGGCUCUCCGCCUUCGCCGUGUUGGGCUGCUCCGUAGGGAAAUAAGGAACCCCGAGGUAGAGGACGCUAAGAAGAGGUGUGUUUGUGUGUCCAAGAGUAUCUGACAGGUGGUCCCACACUCUUUUGAUCUGCUGAAAUGAGUCGCAAUGGGGGUUUUCAGUUUGCUAUUGACCGUGGAGGUACCUUCACCGAUAUUUAUGCAAGAUGUCCUGGGGGAAAAAUAAGAGUCAUGAAGUUAUUAUCUGUGGACCCAUCAAAUUAUCAGGAUGCCCCGAGGGAAGGCAUUCGUCGAAUUCUAGAAGAGGAACUUGGCAAAAAGAUGCCUCCUAAUGAACCUGUUGAUGGAAGUCACAUUGACUGGAUCCGCAUGGGAACUACCGUUGCUACAAAUGCUCUCCUAGAACGCAAGGGAGAACGCAUGGCCCUCGUAAUAACAAAAGGUUUCAAAGACGUCUUGUAUAUUGGCAGUCAAGCUCGCCCCAAAAUAUUUGAUCUUUCUAUUACUGUCCCAGAAGUUCUUUAUUCAGAAGUAGUGGAGGUUGACGCAAGAGUUGUACCAGCUCAAGAAGAUCGUUGUCAACUUGGAGAAGAAUCUCGCAGCUGGGCACGAAUAGCUGGUACAACUGGAGACAAAUUGUUGGUGUCUAAAGAACCAGAUCUUAAAACGCUCAAACCAAAAUUACUGGCUCUACUCAAAAAAGGAAUAUCCAGUUUAGCUGUUGUACUUAUGCAUUCCUAUAUGCAUAAAGACCAUGAACUUGCUAUUGGGAAGCUAGCCAGUGAAUUAGGUUUUAGUCAUGUGUCUCUUUCACAUCAAGUUAUGCCUAUGGUGCGAAUUGUGUCACGUGGUUACACUGCUUGUGCUGAUGCUUACCUAACUCCUCAUAUCAAGAAAUAUGUCCAGGGUUUUGUGGCUGGUUUUAAAGACAACUUGAAGGGUGUCAAUGUACUCUUCAUGCAAAGUGAUGGAGGUCUUACUCCUAUGGAUAUGUUUAUUGGGUCUAGAGCAAUUUUGUCAGGGCCAGCUGGUGGAGUGGUUGGAUAUGGUAUUACAUCUUACCAUCUUGAUGAUGACUCUGAUGAAAAACAACCUGUGAUUGGUUUUGAUAUGGGUGGUACAUCGACUGAUGUUAGCAGAUAUGCAGGACAGUAUGAGCAUGUUUUUGAGGCAACUACUGCUGGUAUUACUAUUCAAGCACCUCAACUAGAUGUAAACACAGUGGCUGCUGGCGGAGGUUCUAUGCUCUUUUUCCGUUCUGGCCUUUUUGUGGUUGGACCAGAAUCAGCAGGGGCUCACCCAGGCCCUGUUUGCUACCGCAAAGGAGGACCUCUUACUGUUACUGAUGCCAACCUUUGUCUGGGAAGGCUGUUGCCAGAAUACUUCCCAAAGAUUUUUGGUCCCACAGAAGAUCAACCUCUUGACAGAGAGGCAACUGUGUCAGCUUUUGAAGCCAUCAGUGCUGAGGUAAAUGAAUUCUUGGCAAAGAGUACAGAAGGUUCCAGCAAAAAGCAAAUGUCCAUGAUGGACGUUGCUAUGGGCUUUAUUAAUGUUGCCAAUGAAGCCAUGUGUCGCCCAAUUCGUGCUGUAACACAGGCUAAAGGAUAUGACACAAGUAGGCAUAUUUUAGCUUGCUUUGGUGGUGCUGGUGGCCAACAUGCUUGUGCCAUUGCUCGAUCUUUAGGAAUGACUAAAGUUCGAGUUCACAAGUAUGCUGGAAUUCUGUCUGCUUAUGGUAUGGCAUUGGCUGAUGUUGUCCAUGAAGCACAAGAACCCAGUUCUAUGAAGUAUUGUCCUGAAAACUUUUCUACAAUUGACGCCAGGCUUUUUGCCUUAAGUAAAAGCUGUGAGGAAGAGCUGAAAAAGCAGGGAUUUACAAGUGAUAACAUUGAAACAGAACCUUACCUCCACCUACGUUAUAAAGGAACUGAUUGUGCCCUUAUGUGUGGACCCUCAGCUGUUUCCUCAGAUAAAAGCUCACUAUGCACUAAUGGGGAUUUCCUCAAAACAUUCAUUGACAGGUAUCAAAUGGAAUUUGGUUUUGUGCUUACUGAGAGAGAUGUUGUUGUAGACGAUAUUAGGGUAAGAGGGGUAGGAAAAUCGUUUCCAGCGAAAGAAACCCCAAUAGAAUCAUCCAAAACUACUCCUAAACCUGAGAAGGAAGUUCAAGUCUUUUUCCAUGGUGGGUUUGUUUUAACGAAAGUGUACCAUUUGGAUAAGCUGAAAGCCGGACAGGAAAUUAAGGGGCCUGCAAUCAUAAUGGACCAAUUGAGUACCAUUCUUGUUGAACCAGAUUGUAUUGCUAAGAUAACAGUGUCUGGUAAUAUAGAAAUUACCAUUGGUUCAGGCAAGGUGAAUAAAAUUGGUCCAGAACUGGACUCUAUACAAUUGAGUAUUUUUUCUCACCGCUUCAUGAGUAUUGCAGAGCAAAUGGGGAGGGUGCUUCAGAGAACAGCUAUUUCUACUAAUAUUAAAGAGCGCUUAGAUUUUUCAUGUGCUCUCUUUGGACCAGAUGGAGGUUUAGUUUCUAAUGCCCCUCAUAUCCCUGUUCACCUGGGUGCAAUGCAGGAAACAAUCCAGUACCAGCUAAGACGCAGAGGUGAUGAUAUCCAUGAUGGAGAUGUGAUUCUAUCUAAUCAUCCAUCUGCCGGAGGUUCUCAUCUGCCUGACUUUACUGUCAUCACUCCUGUGUUCCGGAAGGGUGUUCCUCGACCAAUAUUCUUUGUUGCAUCACGUGGUCACCAUGCUGAUAUUGGAGGUAUUACUCCUGGCUCAAUGCCACCACAUUCUAAGUCACUUGUUGAGGAAGGGGCCACCUUCAAGAGUUUUCUUUUAGUUCGAUAUGGUGAAUUUAGAGAGCAGCGUCUCAUAGAGAGGCUAAUGGCCCCAGGAACAGUACCUGGCAGUUCUGGAACAAGGAACCUCCAAGAUAAUCUAUCUGAUCUUAGAGCUCAGAUUGCUGCAAAUCAGAGGGGUUCUAUUUUAGUUAACGAACUGAUUGAUCAAUAUGGACUAAAUGUAGUACAAGCAUACAUGGCACAUAUUCAAAGCAAUGCAGAGCUUGCUGUGAGAAAUAUGCUUCGAGAGAUUGGUAAACGUUCUUUGGAAAUGACAGGAAAGACUCAGCUUUCUGCAGUGGACUAUAUGGAUGAUGGCUCGCCUAUAAAAUUAACAGUGGAUAUUGACGUAGAUCAAGGCUCAGCAUUUUGUGACUUUAGUGGUUCUGGAUUUGAGGUAUGGGGGAAUUGUAAUGCUCCUCGAGCAAUAACCCUCUCUGCCCUCAUAUAUUGUCUACGUUGCAUGGUUGGUCAUGACGUACCUUUAAACCAGGGAUGUCUUGCUCCCAUCAAGCUCCACAUUCCCAAAGGAUCAAUACUUGAUCCAUCUGAAACAGCUGCUGUGGUUGGUGGUAAUGUUCUUACCUCACAACGCAUAGUUGAUGUUGUUUUAAGGGCAUUUGAUGUCUGUGCUGCAUCACAAGGAUGUAUGAAUAAUGUUACCUUUGGUGAGGAGGGUUAUGGUUAUUAUGAGACAAUUGGAGGAGGAGCUGGCGCAGGCCCUGGAUGGAAUGGUAGGAGUGGUGUUCAUACCCAUAUGACCAACACUCGCAUCACAGACCCUGAAAUUCUUGAACAGCGAUAUCCAGUUAUCCUGCGUAAAUUUGAACUGCGUCCAAAUUCUGGAGGAUCUGGGAAGUUCAAAGGGGGUGAUGGAAUUUUGCGUGAACUUCUUUUCAGAAGAAAUAUGACUCUUUCAAUUCUCACAGAUAGACGAGUUUUUGCACCGUAUGGUUUACAUGGUGGUGAAGAUGGCAAGAAGGGGUUAAAUUUAAUGUUGAAAGCUGAUGGUCGCGUAAUUUAUUUGGGAUCAAAAACUGCUAUAAAUGUCGAACCAGGUGAUGUCUUCCAGUUGAAUGCCCCUGGUGGAGGAGGAUAUGGGCCACCAGAUGAGGUAGGAAUUCCUCUGAUUCAGCAAUCUAGCAAGCAUAUUGAGCGUGGAAGUGUUUUUGAGUACCAACAAGCUCAGCUAUCGGUUUAAUUUUCACUAUACACAAAAUUGAAUGCUGAGUAGAAUUUGGAGAGAUAAAAAAAAGUACCUGAGUUGAACCUGCAGAUUUCCAUUUCUGAGGUGUCGGUUUGUUUUUUAAUUUUAUGUGUGAUAAUGUAAUAGUCUGCCUUAAUAUGAUAGAGGUCCCUUAUAUUUUAUUAUUGAAAGUUUAUACCAUUUUGGUCAUGUUUUCUUUUAAUGAGUAUUAAUUCCCACGUUAAAUUGCCAUUCUUCAUACAUUAUCAUAAAAAAUAAUUCAUACAGAUUUCACCUUUAUCAGCUGUAAUAGCAUUACUAUAGUUCAUAUAAUAAAGUUUGAAAUAACUGGG